AGCGUGCGCUAGAGGCAGGGACAAUGGAGGAAAAUGAAAGCCAGAAAUUUGAGCUCUGCCUUCCCUCCUCGGCAGACAGCAGACAGAUGAAGGAUCAGGGAAAAAGCAAUCUGCAUGUGACAUCAACUGAAGAUGCAGGAUGUCUCCGAACCAAGGACCGCCUUGCUAAUGGAAACAGUCGUCUCUCCGUUUCCAAAUCUUCCCGCAAUAUCCCAAGGAGACACACUGUAGGUGGGCCCCGUAGUUCCAAAGAGAUCCUGGGAAUGCAAACAUCUGAGAUGGACAGGAAGAGAGAAGCUUUCCUGGAACAUCUGAAACAGAAAUACCCUCACCAUGCUACAGCCAUCAUGGGUCACCAAGAAAGGCUGAGAGAUCAGACCAGAAGCCCAAAGCUUUCUCAAAGCCCUCAACCACCCAAUUUGGGAGACCAGGCUGAGCAUCUGUCAGAGGCAUCUGCUGAUUCUUUGGAAGCCAUGUCAGAGGGAGAGUCACCGACUCCUUUUUCCAGAGGGAGCCGUACACGGGCAAGCCUUCCAGUGGUGAGGUCAACCAACCAGACAAAGGAGAGAUCUCUGGGUGUUUUAUAUCUUCAGUACGGAGAUGAAACAAAGCAGCUUAGGAUGCCCAACGAAAUCACAAGUGCAGACACAAUCCGUGCCCUCUUUGUAAGUGCCUUUCCUCAGCAGCUCACCAUGAAAAUCCUGGAAUCUCCAAGCGUAGCAAUUUACAUCAAAGACGAAAGCAGAAAUGUGUACUAUGAAUUAAAUGAUGUAAGGAACAUUCAGGACAGGUCCUUCCUCAAAGUUUACAACAAGGAUCCUGCACAUGCAUUCAAUCACACACCCAAAACUAUGAAUGGAGAUAUGAGGAUGCAGAGGGAAAUUGCUUAUGCAAGAGGAGAAGGCCCUGGUGCCUCUCGCCCAGGAUCCACAGCUCAUCCAUCCCAUGCAAUUCCAAAUUCACCACCUUCUACUCCCAUACCACACUCUAUGCCUCCUUCCCCAUCCAGAAUCCCAUACGGGGGUGCUCGCACGAUGGUUGUUCCUGGCAAUGCCACUAUUCCCAGAGACAGGCUCUCCAGCAUGCCAGUUUCAAGAUCCAUCUCCCCAAGCCCAAGCGCCAUUUUGGAAAGAAGAGAUGUAAAACCAGAUGAAGACCUAAGUGGCAAGAGCAUUGCCCUGUUCAGAAAUGAAGGUUUAUAUGCUGACCCGUUCCUUUUUCAUGAGGGACGAAUGAGCAUAGCUUCUUCACAUGGUGGACAUCCCCUUGAUGUCCCAGAUCAUGUCAUUGCCUAUCACCGCACGGCAAUUCGAUCUGCGAGUGCUUACUGUAACCCCUCUCUGCAAGCUGAAAUGCAUUUGGAGCAGUCACUGUACAGACAGAAAUCAAGGAAGUAUCCAGACAGCCAUUUGCCUACAUUGGGUUCCAAAACACCGCCAGCCUCUCCCCAUCGAGUUAGUGACAUCAGAAUGAUUGAUAUGCUCCCCCAUCAUAAUGCCCACAUACCACCUCAUGCCAUGCAGCCGGAUCGGGCCUCUCCCAGCCGCCAGUCAUUUAAAAAGGAGCUGGGAACCACAGUAUAUAUAGAAAAGCCACGGAACCCUCCUGUAUUAACCGGCGUGGUGGACAUGGGCCCACCACUGACAGAGAAGCAAAUUUUUGGUUAUGGCACAAUGACAUCACCCAAAGACAAGGAGACGAGAGAGAGGAUGCAAGCCAUGGAGAAACAGAUUGCCAGCUUAACUGGUCUUGUUCAGUCUGCGCUUUUUAAAGGGCCAAAUACAAGUAAUAGCAAAGAUGCUUCUAGUGAGAAGAUGAUGAAGACCAUGGCAAACAAGAGCCUCCCAGAUGGUGCAGGAACCCCUCAUGUUUCUGGCGGGAAGACUUCUUUAGGCUCCCAGGAGUCUGGUGCACUCUUCAGUCAGCCACCACCUGCCGGCUCAACAGCAAUCCAAAUGAGCCUGUAUGACAUGAGGCGAAAUGUGUCUGAACUCCGGCUCCAGCUCCGUCAGAUGAGGGAGCUCCAGCUGCAGAAUCAGGAGUUGCUGAGGGUAAUGAUGAAGAAGGCUGAGCAGGAAAUCAGUGGCAAAGUGAUUGAAACCCUGAAGAGGCUUGAGGAUCCUGUGCAGCGGCAGCGCCACCUGGUGGAGCAAGAGAGGCAGAAGUACCUUCACGAAGAGGAAAAAAUAGUCAAGAAGUUAUGUGAGCUAGAAGAGUUUGUUGAAGAUUUGAAGAAGGACUCCAGCUCAGCUGGCCGUGUGGUCACGCUGAAGGAUGUGGAAGAUGGGGCUUUCCUUCUUCGACAAGUGGGUGAAGCUGUAGCUGCACUAAAAGGAGAAUUUCCAACCUUGCAGAAUAAGAUGCGGGCUAUUCUGCGUAUUGAAGUGGAGGCUGUGAGGUUUCUGAAAGAGGAGCCCCAUAAACUGGACAGCCUCCUCAAGAGGGUCCGAAGUAUGACCGAUGUGUUGACCAUGCUAAGAAGACAUGUCACCGAUGGUCUUUUAAAAGGUGCCGAUGCCACCCAAGUAGCACAAUACGUUGCCAUGGAAAAAGCAACAGCAGCAGAAAUCCUGAAAAACCAGGAAGAGUCAGCCUAUACCCAUGGCCCCCCACCCCAGAGCACACCUGGAGGGAAUGGAGAGUCUCCAGCUUCAUCCAUCAAGUCAGAAGUGGUGCCCCUGUCAACCAUGACCGUCCACCAUGCACAGAGCUCCCCGGUUGUCAUCCACCAGUCACAGCACUCCUCCGCAUUGGGCAACCACCCUCAGAACUUGCCAGGAGGGCCCAGUCAUCACCCAGCCAGCCCUCCAGGCACCAUACAAGAGUCCACCACCACUAUCCAGCCGGUGCAGACUCCCCAGUCUCCACCUCCUCCCACCAAUGGUUCCACCAUGCAAAGUCUGUUCAUUGAAGAAAUUCACAGUGCAAGCAACCGGAGCCGAGCUGUGUCCAUAGAGAAAGCAGAAAAAAAGUGGGAAGAAAAAAGGCAAAACCUGGACCACUAUAAUGGAAAAGAAUUUGAAAAGCUCCUAGAAGAAGCUCAGGCCAAUAUUAUGAAGUCCAUCCCCAACCUAGAGAUGCCGCCAUCUUCUGUUCCUUCACCAAAGGGGGAUACUCCAGUGGACAAGCUAGAACUUUUAGAAGAAUCUCCAAAUUCAGAACAGGAUUCAGAUAAGCUGGGAGGGAAGUCUCCACCUCCACCACCUCCUCCUCCACGCAGAAGCUACCUUCCAGGAUCUGGGCUGACCACCACACGAUCUGGAGAUGUGGUCUACACCAUCAGGAAAGAGAAUGCAACCGCUAAGGAAAACAAUGAAGAUGCCGGACCGACACCACCCACCAAGGUCACGAAAGGUCCACAAGAAGAGCAAGGUUUAGCCCGGUCACAACCUCCACCACCAGCUGCAGUCUCCUCCUCAAAGGAUGAGGAGGAAGAAGAAGGAGACAGAAUAAUGGCUGAAUUACAGGCAUUCCAGAAGUGCUCCUUUAUGGAUGUAAAUUCAAACAGUCCUGUUGAGCAGGCCCGAACUGACAGUCAAGUUAAAGACACUAGGCCUGGGGCCGUUACACAACCCAAGGAAAGGAAGAAUUUGGAAUUUUUCCAAGAAGACAUACGGAAAUCUGAUGUUGCAUAUGAAAAUGGCCCCCAAAUGGAAUCCCGAAUGGUGUACGAUGUUACUACAGGGAUUCUAAAAGCUAGCAACCUUCCUAAGGACAGGUGGGAAAGAAAAGCUGAAAAUAAUGUUUCUGAUGAACCAGGGACAUUAGAAAGUAAAACUUGCAACUUAAUGAAGGAAAAUGCUGCCUCCAAUAGGAGUUUGCUUAGAGACAGUAAAGACUAUUCCCAGAAAAAUGUGCCUGUCUGCCCAAGUCUCUCUGGAAUUGGCUUAUCAGAAAAUGAAGCAAGCAAAGGGCCUCAAGCCUUAGGACUACAAUAUACUGUGGUUAAAACUGAGAAUCAGAAGGUGAGUUAUGGAAAAUUAAAAGAGAUGAAUCAACAAGAACUUGAAAACCUGGAUAAAUCCAACCUAGCCACUCAUACUGACACAGUCCAGUUGCGUAAUAAUAAUCUUGCAGGAGCUUCAAAGUCAACUCUAGCCCAAGAAGCACACAUGUUUGACCAUGGCCAAGUUGUCCUAAGACCUAAAGGAGCUAAAAAUGCUAAUGGGGGAAUCAGUGAGGAUGGAGAAGCAGUAUCAAGUUCUCCAACAGAAGACAAUCCGUCCACUGACAACAUUGCUUUUAUGAUUACUAAAACAGCUGUCCAGGUGCUAUCAAGUGGAGAGGUUCAUGACAUAGUGAGCAGGAAGGGAGGAGAUGUGCAAACAGUUAAUAUUGAUGCCAAGGAAGAAGUGGUCUCCCAACAGGAAGGGACAGAAAAUGAAGAACCAGUGGUUUGUUUAGAUAAGAAACCAGUCAUCAUCAUUUUUGAUGAGCCCAUGGACAUUCGAUCUGCCUAUAAAAGACUCUCGACUAUAUUUGAGGAAUGUGAUGAGGAAUUAGAACGGAUGAUGACAGAAGAAAAGAUUGAGGAGGAAGAAGAGGAAAAUGAAGAACUGAGGAACUCUUCUCAAACUUUUGCUAACAGCCUAGAUUCAAAUCAGUUGACCGAUAUAAGACCCAGAGAGCACCGUGAGGAUCUACUUAGGGCCCAGUCACAUUUGGCAGAAACCAAAAUACCAAGAGGACCAGAAUUGAGCAAGACAGAGCUGAACCAGGAUAGCCAUGCUUAUUCUCCAAAUUCUGAUGAAAAGGCUGAUCUUACAGAGGACCAAUUUGAAAGUCCUAAGAAAAAGUUUAAAUUCAAAUUUCCUAAAAAACAGCUGGCUGCUCUAACUCAAGCCAUCCGGACAGGAACCAAGACAGGAAAGAAAACCUUGCAGGUGGUGGUUUAUGAGGAAGAAGAAGAGGAUGGUACUUUAAAACAACACAAAGAAGCUAAGAGAUUUGAAAUUUCAAGGUCUUUACCUGAAGAAAGUCCUAAAAACACAAAACAAGAGCAGCCCAGCCUAGAGAUUUUAAAGCCAGCUUCCAGAACUGAUGAGAUUCGAAAAAAUACCUACAAAACACUGGACAGCCUUGAGCAGACUAUUAAGCAACUUGAAAAUACCAUCAGCGAAAUGAGCCCCCGAGCGUUAGCAGACACCUCGUGCACUUCCCAUCAAGACUCUGUAACAUAUUCAUUCCAUGUAGCUCAAGAGUCCUCACCCAGAAACCCGGUAGUAGUGGAAGAAACCUCUGCCACUCUAGAACCCCCUACAUCCAUACCUUCAGCCUCACGUAAGGGCUCUAGUGGUACCCCCCAGACAAGCCGGAUGCCAAUCCCCAUGAGUUCCAAGACUAGACAAGGAAGUGUGGAUAAGCCAAGCAAACAACCCAAGCUACAGGACCCCCGCCAAUAUCGACAGGCUAAUGGAAGUGCUAAGAAAGCUGGUGGGGACUGGAAGGCUACUUCCCCUUCCUUACCUGCUUCUAAGAUUCCGGCCUUUUCUCCCAGCUCUGGGAAAAGCAGUUCUAUGCCCGCUUCUAGUGGUGAUACUCCCAAUCCCCCUAUUCCACCUACUAAAUCAUCCAUUCCUUCCUCUAACCUUCUCAGCCCCCAAACAGGUCGCACUGCUUACCCUUCUUCCCACAUCCCUUCUGUCUCUAACGGCUCCUUAAAAUUUCAGAACCCUACUCACACAGGUAAAGGUCACCAUCUCUCAUUCUCAAUACAGACUCCAAAUGGCCGACCAUCCCCUCCUUCUUCCUCCUCUUCUCCCCCUUCCCCUGCCUCUCCCACUUCACUGAAUCAAGGUGUGAAGAGCAUCAGGACAAUCCAUACCCCUAGCUUCACCAGCUACAAGUCACAGAACGGAAAUCCAAGCAAAUCUACCCCAUCCACAGCCAAGGAGACCUCUUAAAGGCUGAAUGCUGAUUGGUGCAAAUUUACCCAGGCUAAUGUUAGAAUAUGAGUUGGCUACAACCGUUUUCACGGGAGAAUGUAACAUUUCGUUGUAUCGUUUGAGGCUCGAUGCUAAAUAUGUACUAAAUACUAAACUAACUGAUUUGAGUAAAGCUGUUAUUUUUUUUUAAA